AUGCAGGCACAGUUCCCACGAGGUCUCCUGCAACAGCACAGUUCCCCACAAGGUCUCCUGCAGCAGCACAGUCCCCACGAGGUCUCCUGCAACAGCACAGUCUCACAAGGUCUCCGCAGCAGUACAAUCCUCUCACAAGGUCUCCUGCAACAGCACAGUCCCCACAAGGUCUCCUGCAACAGCACAGUCCACACAAGGUCUCCUGCAACAGCACAGUCCACACAAGGUCUCCCCAGCAGCACAGUCCACAAGGUCUCCCAACAGCACAGUCCCCACAAGGACUCCUGCAACAACACAGUUCCCACAAGGUCUCCUGCAGCAGUACAAUCCUCACAAGGUCUCCUGCAACAGCACAGUCCCCACAAGGUCUCCUGCAGCAGUACAAUCCUCACAAGGUCUCCUGCAACAGCACAGCCCCACAAGGUCUCCUGCAACAGCACAGUCCACACAAGGUCUCCCAACAGCACAGUCCCCACAAGGUCUCUGCACAGCACAGUCCCCACAAGGUCUCCUGCAACAGCACAGUCCCCACAAGGUCUCCUGCAGCAGCACAGUCCACACAAUGUCUCCUGCAGCAGCACAGUCCCCACAAGGUCUCCUGCAACAGCACAGACCCCACAACUCCUGCAACAGCACAGUCCCCACAAGGUCUCCCAUCAACACAGUCCCUCACAGGGUCUCCUGCAACAGCACAGUCCCACAAGGUCUCCUGCAUCAACACAGUCCCCACAAGGUCUCCUGCAUCAACACAGUCCUCACAGGGUCUCCUGCAACAGCAAGUCCCCACAAGGUCUCUCCUGCAACAGCACAGUCCCCACAAGGUCUCCUGCAGAAGUCCCCACAAGGUCUCCUGCAUCAACACAGUCCCCACAAGGUCUCCUGCAGCAGUACAGUCCCCACAAGGUCUCCCUGCAGCAGUACAGUCCCCACAAGGUCUCCUGCAGCAGUACAAUCCCCUACAAAGUCUCCUACAACAGCACAGUCCCCACAAGGUCUCCUACAACAGCACAGUCCCCACAAGGUCUCCUGCAACAGCACAGUCCCUACAAAGUCUCCUGCAACAGCACAGUCCCCACAAGGUCCUGCAACAGCACAGUCCCCACAAGGUCCCUGCAGCAGCAUAGUCCCCACAAGGUCUCCCUGCAGCAGCACAGUCCCCACAAGGUCUCCUACAGCAGCACAGUCCACACAAGGUCCCUGCAGCAGUACAGUCCCCACAAAGUCUCCUGCAGCAGCACAGUCCACACAAGGUCUCCCUACAGCAGCACAGUCCCCACAAGGUCUCCCACAGCAGCACAGUCCCCACAAGGUCUCCUGCAACAGCACAGUCCACACAAGGUCUCCUGCAGCAGCACAGUCCACACAAGGUCUCCCAGCAGCACAGUCCUCAAGGUCUCCUACAGCAGCACAGUCCUCACAAGUCCCUGCAGCAGCACAGUCCCCACAAGGUCUCUACAGCAGCACAUCCCACAGGCCCUGCAAGCAGUCCCCAAGUCUCCUGCAGCAGCACAGUCCACACAAGGUCUCCCACAGCAGCACAGUCCACAAGGUCCCCUACAGCAGCACAGUCCACACAAGGUCUCCUGCAGCAGCACAGUCCCCACAAGGUCUCCUACAGCAGCACAGAGUCCACACAAGGUCUCCUGCAGCAGUACAGUCCCCAAAGUCUCCUGCAGCAGCACAGUCCACACAAGGUCUCCUACAGCAGCUCAGUGCUCACAAGGCCCCUGCAACAGCACAGUCCACACAAGGUCUCCAGCAGCACAGUCCACACAAGGUCUCCUGCAGCAGUACAGUCCCUACAAAGUCUCCUGCAACAGCACAGUCCACACAGGUCCCCUGCAGCAGCACAGUCCACACAAGGUCUCCUGCAGCAGCACAGUCCACACAGGGUCUCCUACAGCAGCACAGUCCACACAAGGUCUCCUGCAACAGCACAGCCCACAAGGUUCCUCCAGCAGCACAGUCCACACAAGGUCUCCUGCAACAGCACAGUCCACACAAGGUCCCCACAGCAGCACAGUCCCCCCAAGGUCUCCUGCAGCAGCACAGUCCCCACAAGGUCUCCUGCAACAGCACAGUCCACACAAGCUCCUGCAGCAGCACAGUCCACACACACAGUCUCCCUGCAGCACAGUCCACAAGGUCCCUACAGCAGCACAGUCCCCAAGGUCUCCUGCAGCAGCACAGUCCACAAGGUCUCCUGCAGCAGCACAGUCCACACAAGGUCUCCUACAGCAGCACAGUCCCCACAAGGUCUCCCUGCAGCAGCACAGUCCCCUACAGCUCCCACAGCAGCACAGUCCACACAGGUCCCUGCAGCAGCACAGUCCUCACAAGGUCUCCUGCAGCAGCACAGUCCACACAAGGUCUCCUACAACAGCACAGUCCACACAAGGUCUCCUGCAACAGCACAGCCCACACAAGGUCUCCUGCAACAGCACAGUCCACACAAGGUCUCCUACAACAGCACAGUCCACACAAGGUCUCCCCAGCAGCACAGUCCACACAAGGUCUCCCUACAGCACCACAGUCCCCACAAGGUCUCCUGCAGCAGCACAGUCCACACAAGGUCUCCCUACAGCAGCACAGUCCACACAAGGUCCCUACAGCAGCACAGUCCCCACAAGGUCUCCCUGCAGCAGCACAGUCCACACAGGUCUCCUGCAGCAGCACAGUCCACACAAGGUCCCCUACAGCACACAGUCCCAAGGUCUCCUGCAGCAGUACAGUCCCUACAAAGUCUCCCUACAGCAGCACAGUCCACACAAGGUCUCCUGCAGCAGCACAGUCCACACAAGGUCUCCUGCAGCAGUACAGUCCCCACAAAGUCCAACAGCACAGUCCCCACAAGGUCUCCCUGCAGCACAGUCCCCACAAGGUCUCCCCAGCAGCACAGUCCCCACAAGUCUCCCUGCAGCAGUACAGUCCCUACAAAGUCUCCUGCAACAGCACAGUCCCCACACAGCAGCACAGUCCACACAAGGUCUCCCCUACAGCAGCACAGUCCCCACAAGGUCCCCUGCAGCAGCACAGUCCACACAAGGUCUCCCACAGCAGCACAGUCCCCACAAGGUCUCCUGCAGCAGCACAGUCCACAAGGUCUCCUGCAGCAGCACAGUCCACACAAGGUCUCCCCAGCAGCACAGUCCACACAAGGUCUCCUGCAGCAGCACAGUCCACACAAGGUCUCCCCACAGCAGCACAGUCCUCACAAGGUGUCCCACAGGCUCAGUGCUCACAAGGUCUCCUGCAACAGCACAGUCCACACAAGGUCUCCUGCAGCAGCACAGUCCCCACAAGGUCUCCCCCAGCAGCCAGUCCACACAAGGUCUCCCUGCAGCAGCACAGUCAACACAGGUCUCCUGCAACAGCACAGUCCACACAAGGUCUCCUACAGCAGCACAGUCCACAAGGUCUCCUGCAACAGCACAGUCCACACAAGGUCUCCCUAAGCAGCACAGUCCACACAAGGUCUCCUGCAGCAGCUCAGUCCACACAAGGUCUCCUGCAGCAGCACAGUCCACACACAAGGUCUCCCUACAGCAGCACAGUCCCCAAGGUCUCCCACAGCAGCUCAGUGCUCACAAGGUCUCCUGCGCAGCACAGUCCACAAGGUCUCCUGCAGCAGCACAGUGUCCUCACAAGGUCUCCCCAGCAGCACAGUCCACAAGGUCCCUACAGCAGCACAGUCCCCACAAGAUCUCCCUGCAGCAGCACAGUCCACAAAAGUCUCCUGCAGCAGCACAGUCCACACAAGGUCCCCACAGCAGCACAGUCCACACGUCCCUGCAGCAGCACAGUCCACACAAGAUCUCCCACAGCAGCACAGUCCACACAAGGUCUCCACAGCAGCACAGUCCACACAAGGUCUCCUGCAGCAGCACAGUCCACACAAGGUCUCCCUACAGCAGCACAGUCCACACAAGGUCUCCUGCAGCAGCACAGUCCACACAGGUCUCCCACAGCACAGUCCACACAAGGUCUCCCUACAGCAGCACAGUCCCCACAAGGUCUCCUGCAGCAGCACAGUCCCCACAAGGUCUCCUGCAGCAGCACAAACCUCAAGGUCUCCUGCAGCAGCACAGUCCACACAAGGCUCCUGCAACAGCACAGUCCACACAGGUCUCCCAACAGCACAGUCCACAAGGUCUCCUGCAACAGCACAGUCCACACAAGGUCUCCUACAGCAGCACAGUCCCCACAAGGUCUCCUGUAACAGCACAGUCCACACAAGGUCUCCUGCAACAGCACAGUCCCCACAAGGUCUCCCUGCAGCAGCACAGUCCCCACAAGGUCUCCUGCAACAGCACAGUCCACACAAGGUCUCCUACAGCAGCACAGUCCACAAGGUCUCCUACAGCAGCACAGUCCACACAAGGUCUCCUGCACACAGUCUCACAAGGUCCCCUGCAGCACAGUUCACAAGGUCUCCUGCAACAGCACAGUCCACACAAGGUCUCCUGCAACAGCACAGUCCACACAAGGUCUCCUGCAACAGCAAGUCCACACAAGGUCUCCUGCAACAGCACAGUCCACACAAGGUCUCCUGCAACAGCACAGUCCACACAAGGUCUCCUACAGCAGCACAGUCCCCACAAGGUCUCCUGCAACAGCACAGUCCACACAAGGUCUCCUGCAACAGCACAGUCCCCACAAGGUCUCCUGCAACAGCACAGUCCACAAGGUCUCCUGCAGCAGCACAGUCCACACAAGGUCUCCUGCAGCAGCACAGUCCCCACAAGGUCUCCUGCAACAGCACAGUCCACACAAGGUCUCCUGCAACAGCACAGUCCUCACAAGGGCUCCUACAACAGGACAGUCCUCACAAGGUCUCCUGCAGCAGACAUUUCCCUUCAUGGAGAUGAUUCGGUAUAA